AUGUUGUCAGGGGAUAUUGAAAGGAAUCCUGGUCCUAUUCUAUCAAAUUUAGUGUUAGAACAAAGGUUAAGAUGCUUUCAGUUAGGACCAUUUGAUGUUGGUGGUGAUGGUGACUGUUUCUUCCGAGCUGUCUCACAUCAGUUAUAUGGUGACCCUGGGCAACACUUAGAAGUUAGAGCAGCUGGUAUUGCAUAUUUGAGAGAUAACCCUGAAAGAUUCAUUGAAAGUAAUACUGAAAAUUCUUGGUUAGAAUACCUCAAUAAUAUGUCUAUGCAGGGGACAUGGGGUGAUGCUAUGAUUAUACAAGCUGUAGCAGACCAGCUUAAGUUAAAAAUUAUUAUUGCUGAGACACAUGAAGGAUUUAGUGAAUACAGUAUAAUACAACCAGUUUCAUCAAGAUGUCAAUUAACGAAUGUCUAUUUGGGUCAUAUAGAUGAGUACCACUAUGUUUCAACAUUGCCAUGUACUUCAAUCCAAGGUGCCUGCCAUAAUGAAUUACUUACAAGUAGAAUUUUUGAGAUAAGUUCUAAGCAGCUAACUGAAAGCUCCCAGGCUAAGCAAGUGAGAACAGAAUAUACUAAAGCCUACAUGAAAAGAAAGCGAGCUAACGAAACACAUGACCCUGAGGCUAAGGAAAAGAAAAGACAAUAUAUGAGAGAUUAUAGGAAACAUAAACAAAUCAGUGAGCGUCUCCUGCCCUCAACAAAGAGUCUUAAGGCUAAGCAAAAGAAGAGACUGUAUGCAAAGGAGUAUAGGAGACAAAAACGUGAGUUUCAAUCACUACAAAGUUUGAUAUCAGAAUUUCAUGAUAUUGUCUCACAAGAUUAUUAA